AUGUGGGGUGAGGGUGGAGCUGGCAGGGGGGUUGGGGGGGGCGUGUGCCCGUGGCCAAAGGCGCGGCGUGGUGGGGGGGGGGCCGGUUUAGGAGUGCGGGGGUGGGGGGCGUUGGGGCGGGGGGGGCUUUGGCGUGCUCGCUUCCGCGGUGGGAACGGUGAGAGGGGGCUGGGGGUAGGACGGUGUGAUGGCGUGGGUGUUGGGAGGGCGGGGCCUAUUCUAGGUGCUUGGCUAGAGGGGGGGGCGGGCGUCUGGUGCUUUGGUGGAGGGGAUGGGGUGGGGGCCGCGUCUGAGCGGGGGAGCGUGCCGCUGGGAGGGUGA